AUGGCAGGAAAAGAGAACCAAUCCCCACAUCCACUGGUUCCGGGACCGGCCAACGGAACAUACGUGAGAACCGGCGAUGACGAGGCAGGAAGGGGAGGCUCCAGAGAGCUCCGUCGCCAGAAGCGGAAAAAGUAUUUACUUUACUUCGUUGCCUUUGUCAUCUUCCAAACUGGCGUUAUCUUGAUCUUCACACUGACGAUCAUGAAGGUCCGAACUCCGAGGUUCCGCGUCCGGUCCGCCACGUUCGACCCUUUCAACGUAAGCAGACAACCGAAUAACCCUACAUUCGAUAUAAGCAUGAACGCUCAAGUUGGCGUCAAGAAUGCAAAUUUCGGCAGAUACAAGUACCAGGGCACCACUAUGACCUUUUUAUACGGAGGCAGCCAAGUUGGGGAGGGCGUUAUUUCGAAAUCAAGCGUUGGAUGGAGAUCCACCAAGAAGUUUAACGUUGCCGUCCGACUCACUUCUGAUAACUUAACAUCAAAUUCACAACUGGCAGCUGAUUUGAACGCCAACAUUUUGCGACUUACCAGCCAGGCUGAAUUGAAGGGUAAAGUGGCGCUCACCUUUAUAUUCAACAAGAAGAAGAGCGCCAAAAUGAAUUGCACCAUGGAUGUCUUCCUCACCACCGAACAGCUGGCCAACAUCUCAUGCGACUGA